AUGUGGUGUUCCGGAUAUGCGAUGCAUGGCCGCCGGGAAGGGAAGCGUUUAAGAGCCCCACUAAAGUGGAAAAAGAACGCUUUGACGUACUCGAUCGAUAGCUACUCACAAGAUUUGUCAAACAGCAUCCAAAAGAAAACAGUGCAAGAGGCUUUCCAGUUCUGGGCCGCCGUCUCGCCGCUGACGUUCCGGGAAGUGGCGAGGGAGGGAGAUAUCAGGGUGGGUUUAGCAAGUUUU